CUUACAUUCAGUGUAAUGCAGGGUUAGGGCGAGGGGAGGUGUCAGGUGCGUUGGGGACAGGCUGGACAGUUUUUAAGCCCUGAAAGUGCUUAAUAUGUUUAGUUUGUUCAAAUGCAUCAGACUUGUUCGGACUGAUUUAAGUCUAUUAAAGCAUUCUGCAAGAUUUUUGCCAUCUUCAUGUGUGUGCCCAGAUAGAUUCAAGGUGGCCCACACAGCUGGCCAGCAGCGAUGCCUCGCCACCACCGGCCGGUGGUUGUCUGCAGAGAGCACAGAUGACAAACCAAAGCCACUGGUUGUGUACCAGGGCCCUCUGGCGGGCCAGAUGAAGCGGCUGAAGGUGUUCUCCCUCUUCACCAGCGCCGUCGGUAUCUACGUGGCCCCCACUGUCAUGACGGAGAUGAGCAAGGCCGGCAUGGGGAUCGCCAUCAUGAUGGGCUCUGUGAUGGGCACCUUCACCCUGCUCACGCCGCUGCUGAUACACAUGGUGGUGCGCAACUACGUGGUGCGGCUCGAGCACGACGAGGCCACCGACCAGUACACCGCCACCACCAUCUCGCUCAUGCUCAGGAAGCGCACGCUGACGUUCGGCGUGGAUGACGUCACCGUUCCUGCCGUGCCGGGCAUGUUCACCACGUUCUUGGCGCGUGGGCGGCCGCUGUUCGUCGACGCCGGCCAGUUCGAGCCGAUCGAACACUACGGCCGCCUCAUGGGCUAUGAUCGACCCUUCGACUUCAAGCUGCACAAGCAGCCGCCGUCGUCGUCGCAGCCACCAAAGACGUGACGUCAUAUGCAGCUGGGAGGUGAAGUCGUCGUGCGGACGUGAGGACGAUGGACGGCGUCGCGAUGCCAUCUGAGAACUCCAGCGGCGCAGCUGCGGGUGUGACAGACGUCUGCGGCUGGGCGCAAAAUGACCAUUGCAGUCGACGCGCCCGAAAACACCAAUGACCAACAAACAAGACGUCUGCGGUGUGGUGUGGCAGAGCUGUGACGAAGUGAGAUGACUUGGCGAAGGUAUGCUGGAGUCGUCGAUGUAUGCAAUAAACUGAAUGUGAUGUA